AUGUUAUAUAAUAAAUCAGAAUCUACUGCCUUAAAUACCUCUUACUCCUCCGAUGAAAUGGCUACCACUAAUUCAUCAGCCUCUUCAACUGCCUCACUAAAAGAACGUCGCAUGUUGCGUACCCCCAAAUGCGCCCGUUGCCGUAAUCAUGGUGUUAUUUCAUGUGUUAAAGGUCACAAGAAACUUUGCCGUUGGCGUGAGUGUACCUGUCCCAAUUGCCAAUUGGUGGUGGACCGUCAACGUGUUAUGGCCGCCCAGGUGGCUCUUAGACGCCAACAAACUAUGGAGGAACCUUAUGAAACAAAUUCAGAUGACUCUUCUUCGCUGCCAAAUUGUACUUCUCCUCAAAAUUCUUCGGUUUUAAAGCGCACUCAACAAGUUUUAAUUGCCCAGAAAAAGAUCUAUAAACAACGUUUGCGACAUGUCCAACAAUCGACUUUGUAUGCUACCGCUGCCAUGGAAAAAUACAAUCAACAUUACAGCAGCUGGAAUUCUCCUUUAGUAGAACGUAUACGUAAACGUAGAGCCUUUGCUGAUCCUGAAUUGAAUCAAGUUAGUGAUGUGACUUUGCUAAAUGUGGCCGCCGUGAAUCACUUAACACAACCAGCAUUUUAUGAAUAUGAAACCCUGCCUGCCUAUCAAUUAACUUAUGCUCCUAAUACUUUAACAAAUUACAAUCAGGAAUUAGUUUUAUCACCAAGCCAUACAUAUCAGCCAGCAUCCUCUGUAUCGCCAGUUCAAAAGGAGGAAACUCAAACUCCCGUUAGUAAAAAACCCAAGUUAAGUUUUUCCAUAGAUGCCAUAAUGGGUUUUAAAUAA